CAAGUAGCACCUCCUUGUCUCUGCUACUUGCUGUAGAUUUCAUUCUUAGAAGAAACUAAUAUUUUAGACAAAACAUUCAGUAUAACAUAAUUCCUUUAAAGAGUGCAAAGAAUAUUCUAGCAAAAGAUUAGUUAGUCUAAACACAACAGCAACAACAAUGGGUGAUGAAUACAGACAUUUAAUUGAACAUGAUAAUGAAGAUAUCGAAGGGAUCAACACACCUAUAGGUGAAGAUGGUGGAGCUUCUGGAUUAGAGAUGCAUGUUGUCGAAAAUAUGAAGGAACAAUAUGAUAAAGAAAAUGAAAUAAUGGAUGAGGUCAUUGUAAAUAUUGAUGCUGCUGGUGUCGUGGCUGGUGAAAUCUUGGAGCAUGAAUUGGAGGAAGGGAAGGAGUAUCAUUUAUUCUUCUGCCAUUCCUCUGUGAACCUAGCAUGGGUCUGGGCUGUUGUGAAAAUUCUUGAAGCUCCGCCCUAUAAUCUCCAGUGUGCAUUCAGUGAGCGGGACUUCCUGCCAGGUCAAAAUGAUAUGAAUGAGAUGUUUCGGUGUAUCACAGGUAGCAUGAGAACUGUGUUUGUGUUGACACCCGCAUUCAUGGACAGUCGAUGGUGUGAGUGGGAAAUGCAGAUGGCGCAGACUGCAUCCGUAGCAAAUAAUAUCAGCUUACUACCAAUCAUGCUGGAAGAGUGCCCCAUACCAGACACGAUAAAGCACAUUAACUACGUCGAUGUAACAGAUAGAGAUAUACCGAAAGCUGCGGUGAUGCUACGAAAGCAUGUAGAGAAGCCUGGCCAAGGGUUUAUCCCACAGGAUGCUAAUUUACGUGCCAAUGGGUCCUCUUUCCUACUUAGGGAAACAAUCCAGCAAAGAUGCUGUGGUUCAAAACUGAAGUUUGAUAUGCCCGAAAAUGGUACAGACGAGUUGGAGCAAAGAGGUAUCACAAUAUCUGAAGAAAAGAUGAAUGAAAUACUACAAACACUGAAUCUUCAUGAAUCUGGCAUUAGAAUUGCACGGGCCUCCUUCAGAUGCCUACCAAAAUAUGUUUGUUGUGUACUCAUAUUAUCGAUAGUGGGACUUGUAUGGCUUGGAUUUUGGAUAGCGAUGGGUGCUGGAAAUUUGGGUAAUUUGCUACAAGGUAAGGAUCCCCAAACAGAACAAUAUUCCAUUUGGCUGUUAAUGCCAUUUGAUAAUGUGGAUUAUUCUGUUGCUGUAUUUAUUGUAACAACAGCAUUUGUGCUUGCAUCUGCUCCACUUAUAACACCUUUCAUAUAUUCAUUUGUGAGAGAAAGAAAACAAAAAGGAGCUAUUCGUACCACAAGGGAUAUUUCUCUCACAGCAAUGACUGAGUAUAAAAUGUAUAUAUGGUUUGGAGGUAUUGAAAAAAACAUGUAUGUUGUGAAAUAUGACAUCAACCAAUGUUUGCAACAGCUGCUCUUACAAAUCCAACCAAACAUUAUAAGAGAUGAAGCUGAAUUCUGGAAACUGGAUCUUACAAAAACUGAGUUUCCAAUCUACAUAAACAAACUUAUGCAGGGAACAUUAAACAAAGCUCCCAUGGUUAUGCAUAAAACCAUUAACAACAAUGUGUGCUUUUGUCAACAUAUCUUAGCAAUACCACAAUAUAAGCAUAUGUUCAAUCAUCAAAAUAUUUGAUUGAACAAUGGGUUUACUGGAAAGAAUUGUGUACAACUUUAAUGACAGUGUUUUUUAAUAUAAUCAAAGACUCAACAAAGUAACUGGUGAACACAUUAACACUGAUCAAUUCAGUCUUUUCAAAUGCAAUAUUUUUCAAGACUUUUGGACUGGAGCUAUUAUAUAUUUUUAUCCUAUUUUGCCCUCUGAAAUGGACUUUCUGGGUUCAAUACUGUAAUUUAGUGUACUGCACAAUAUAAUGUACUGUAAUUUUGUGUACUACAUAAUUAAUAUACUGUAAUUUAGUGUACU